AUGACAGGCCACGGCAGGUCAAGACAACCACGGCCCGACAAACGGCCUGCCCUGACUCACUUCCUAUGCUUGCCUUUAAUCAACUCUGCAUCCAUACCGCAGCUGGAGAAGUCUCUUUCAGCAUUUAAAAAGGACCAUCGAUUACCGCUUGGACCACACGCAGGGCAUGAUCCAGCGAAUCCCACGCGGUUGGGCCUGCCCGACACAGCUUUCCGCCCAUUGGGGACUCUACAUCUCACGCUCGGGGUGAUGAGCCUUACCAAACAGCGUCUUGAGCAAGCAUCUGAAUUUCUUCGGACCCUUGAUUUGGAAAGUCUGAUGCAAGAAGCAGAGCGAGUUGCCAGCCGCUCUUCUUCACGAAGCCAAACCCAUUCACCACAUGCGCCACAAACAUCCACAUCAGUUGCGCCAUUCAACGUCUCGCUAGAGUCAUUACAUGCGCUCCCACAGGCAGCUUCGGCAACCAUCUUGCAUGCUUCCCCCGUGGAUCCCACUGAUCGUUUAUAUCCAUUCUGUGUGAUGCUGCGCGAUAAAUUCAUCGAGGCUGGGUUUAUGCUAAACGAAGCUGAACCGAAGAAACAAAUGCCCUCCAACCAAAGCCCUACCUCAAAUGCUAGCCAGAGCACUCAGGAUAUCUCUCUUUCACAAGAUGCCUCUUCGCAUGCACAUGUCUUGCCAAAGACCCUAGAUCCAUACACAGUCGCCAUGACACGAGAACCAAAGCCUCGACCACUUCUUUUACAUGCCACCCUCGUCAACACGAUAUAUGUUCGCGGGCGAAAGAAUUACGCAGACAAGAGCACGCCAGGCAAAGGUGUCAUAAAACGUUUUAAAUUCGAUGCCUCCAACCUGGUAUCUCAACACACCGGCCACACACUUCAACCCGCUGCCGCCUCCGUCCAACCAACACCAAAUAACAGUCAUAUCUGGGCGAGAGACAUCGCGCUAAAUGACAUCUGCAUCUGUGAGAUGGGGGCUAAAAAACUACAGCCAGGUUCUGAAGAUCAACACGGCUUGAACGCGCGCAUGGGCGAGAAAUACGUGGUCGUUGCGCAGCGAAGUAUAGUACCAGCCCAAUGA